UCACGUGUGUGUUUGUGAAGCUACAGUGGCGUUCACAUCAUCAGUUUGGCCAUAGAUUCGCAAAAUGGACACAGAUUAUGCUGAAUAAACCUCACCACAGAAAGAAAGUUCCUGUGCGUCAGUACUGAUUCCCGCUACAGCGAGGAUGUUUCCCAGCCUGGCCGCCCACAGACCGUGGCAUGUUUUCCGCAGGGUCUCCUUGCAACAGAGAUCGUCCCUGUCACAGCGGCCCCCGAGGUUUCCGCAGCUGUGCCACGGUUGGCAAAGCGGAGGGCUACACAGCUUAUGGUUCAGCCUCCCAGACUGCCGUGUAGUUUCUCUAGGGUUGGGCAAGGUCCAGUAUUACUCUACCUCUGGUACCAGUAAAGAUGGUCCCCCAAAACGACCAUCAGGUGAUGCCCCCUCUGCAGCAAAGGUUGUAUCUGGUGCUGCACAAGCCACCCCAGAAUCACCAGGUGCAACACCUCAGGGUCUGACUAAAGCAGAGACAAUUCAAGUGAAAGUUCGUGCUGUCCUGAAGAAAAGGGAAUAUGGAGCCAAGUACACUCAGAACAACUUCAUCACUGCAGUCAGAGCGAUGAAUGAGUUCUGCCUCAAACCAAGUGAUUUGGAACAACUCCGGAAGAUCAGAAGACGCAGCCCCCAUGAUGACACAGAGGCUUUCACUGUCUUCCUGCGCUCAGACGUUGAGGCCAAAGCACUAGAUGUUUGGGGAAGCCACGAAGCUCUGGCCAGAGAGAGAAACCUCAGGAAAGAGGUGGAGAGAGAGUACCAAGAGAAUAUUUUUCGGAAUCAGCGCUUGUUGCAAGAAUAUAAAGACUUUUGGGGAAACACUAAGCCGCGAUCAGGCCAGAGGACAACAUUUCUACAAGGGCCAGGGAAGGUGGUCAUGGUUGCUAUUUGCAUAAAUGGGCUGAAUUUCUUCUUCAAGCUCCUGGCUUGGGUCUACACUGGAUCAGCUAGCAUGUUCUCCGAAGCCAUCCACUCUUUGGCCGACACGUGUAACCAGGCUCUGCUCGCUCUGGGAAUCAGCCAGUCUGUCCGCAACCCAGAUGCCGUGCACCCAUAUGGCUUUUCCAACAUGCGCUACAUUGCCUCCCUCAUCAGUGGGGUGGGCAUUUUUAUGAUGGGAGCAGGCCUCUCUUGGUACCACGGCAUCAUGGGAUUGCUGCACCCGGAACCCAUCGAGUCUUUGUUAUGGGCUUACUGUAUUUUGGCGGGCUCUCUGGUGUCUGAAGGAGCCACAUUACUGGUUGCCAUCAAUGAGAUAAAGAGGAGCGCCCGCCAGCAAGGAUUGUCUUUUUAUGAAUAUGUGAUGCAGAGCCGAGACCCCAGCACCAAUGUGGUGCUGCUGGAGGAUGCUGCUGCUGUACUGGGAGUUAUUCUGGCUGCUGGUUGCAUGGGGCUCACCUCACUUACAGGUAACCCGACCUAUGAUAGUUUGGGCUCUCUUGGCGUUGGCACAUUGCUGGGCACAGUCUCCGCCUUCCUCAUCUACACUAACACAGAGGCCCUGCUGGGACGCUCCAUACAGGCUGAGCGCGUGCAGAAGCUCACAGAGUUUCUGGAGAACGAUCCUGCUGUAAGGGCCAUCCAUGAUGUGAAGGCCACUGAUAUGGGACUGAGUAAAGUGCGCUUCAAGGCUGAAGUUGACUUUGAUGGCCGCGUGGUGACACGGUCUUAUCUGGAAAAACAAGACAUUGACCAAAUCCUCAACGACAUUCAGCAGGUGAAAACCCCGGAGGAGCUGGAGAACUUCAUGCUGAAACACGGAGAGAACAUCAUCGACACCCUGGGUGCUGAGGUGGACCGGUUGGAGAAAGAACUCAAACAACGCAACCCAGAGGUCCGUCAUGUAGACUUGGAGAUACUAUAACAUCCCGACAUGCCAUGAAGAAAAAGCUGAAAGGAUGGCCACGCCUGCCUCUGCAAACUGCCUCCCUUUCUGACUACAAAACACAGACAACAAACCCGCACAACUUCUCAAGUCUUACUGUAGAAUAGUCCAGAAGGAUGAGCACAGACAGUGUUCGAGCAGCUAUGCCCGAACUUCAGUCUGGGAUACUGUGAGUUCACCCUGCCAGAGAUCCACUUUCACAUUCCAGUGCGAGUGUUUCUGGCAGAAGACUAACGGCUGUCAUUAGGCUCCUUGAAUUUCACUAGAAAUUCGCACACAAACUACGACAGCGUAGUCCACUGGCUGGUUGCUUAGACUCACAUUCCUCCAUAAAAGUGUCAUGAUGGUGGUUGAGCUCAUGUCUGUGUCUAAAGCAAAACCGAGAACAGGACCAGUGUCGUUUACUAGACUUGUACUUUAAUGUCACUCUUGAACCACAGUGAUAGAGUUUCCUUCAUUAGUGCAAAAGGAAACCAAAGAGCUACAAUUUCAACCCAGACUUAUUUAAUGACUAGACAAUGUUAGAGGGUUUUUUCUUUCUUUUUCCUUUUAAUGUCAAAACUGAAGACGGUGCGAUGCCGCAGGUUCUCUAAUGAAGACAGGAUUUGUGAUGAAUAGAUUUUUAUUGCGAAUAUCAAAUGGUAUUAUUGAGAUAUUUGAUUUAAUAGGUAGAGUGAAUAUAGUAGGACUUGAUGUUAUGAAUACAAGUUGUCUAAACCUAGAUUUGCAGAGUUUCCGCCAGAAAAGUUGACAGGCCUGACCAGCAGUGCUCGAUAAGUCAGGGUUAUCUAAAGUUUUAUCACUUUUUUUUUUUACAUUAGAUUGGCUUUACAUGAUUCACAGUUCAAAAUAAGCCAUAGAGUAUCCUACACUGGGCCUUGGUGCAGGCCCUCAUUGCAUCCUCUGUCUCAAAUGAGCUGUUUUAUCUUGGUUACCUUUAAGCUAACAGUCUUUUGAUUGGCUGCCCUUCAGCAGAUGGCUUAAACAUGUGGGCGGGGCUUCUCUGCUCACAGAGCUGUGUUCCUGCGAUGGCCAUUUUGGGAAUACUGGCUCGCUAUGUCAUCAUACAUAGCAAAACAAAAAAGAAAGCUUCUGGCACAUAGGGGUUACUUGUACAUAUGCUGACCUCAUUCUUUGAAAGCUUUGCCAUGUUUAAUAUGAUCCUCCACCAUAUAUAUAGGACAGAAUAACAAGCAUAGGAGCCCUUGUGACACUGAGGAACUGUGAACAGCUAGCACUACUUUUUAUCUCCAAACACAAGCAAGCAAACAGUCUGUAUCAGCAGGAGAGCCCCAGAUCAAGAUGAAACAUGCUCAUAUAGAGCAUUAUAAAUAAUCCAAGUGUGACUGAGAGUCAAAUAUCAGCUGAACACCAUUGUAUUAAGGCAUAACGUUUGUCCUAGUCUUUUUACUUUUUUUUUUACUUCUUUAUUCUGCUAACUCUUUCAAACAGCUGUUUUUAUAUGUAUAAACCAGCUGGCAGAGUUGGUAGCCUAAUAAGAUACAGUAGCUAACCUAACAGUUGGCGCUGUUGUCUUUAAGAAAAAUCUUAAAUACUUUUUUUUUUUUUUUUUAAACCAGGUUGGGCCACUGGACUUUGAAUACAGUGUUGGAAACCCUGCACUGUGUUAUUGUUUUCAUUAAAUGGGUUAUAAUCUUACACAAGCUCUGAUGACGACAUCCUUCCAAGUCAAUAAUAAUAGGCACUGACUUUACAUCUCUAAACGCUGUUCUUAGGGUUAGAAAUGCUUGUCUUGUCACGUGACUGAUUGUAUUGUUCCAAAGAUAAAAUGCCGAAGGAAUGGAAAUGUCCUUGCCUCUUGUCCACAAUGUAUAAAUAAGUGAUCUUUAAUGAAGACAAGUGGACCAGCUACCUUUUAUUUCUUUUUCUUUUUUUCUUUUUUUUUGAAGUCCACCAACAGCUGACAACCUAAAGGCAUUGUCACCCUGUGCAGCAUGUGGCAAAAAAAUUAAAAAGUUGUGAAGUUACUCCUUCAUAAUGUAUCUGCUAUUAUUCUGUAUAAACCGGACUGUGAUGGUGUUUUUGCUUGUCAUUCUUUGUUUGCCGUUGGCACAUGGUUGCAACUUGUCAACGUGCUGUCAUGCUUCAGGAGGUGGGCCGGAGUCAUUUCGUCUUGGUUGGGAAGGAAGAUCUGUGUUUUUGAAGGUGAUUGUGAACUGUUUCUUCUUGGAUCAUAACGAUGACGCUACUGUUGAAGGACAUGGGACGAAUAUGAGAUAAUUUAUUAAAUUAUUUUUGGUUUC